AUGCACUUAGCGAGCAGCAGGAAGAAAAGCUUCAAACAGCUGAAUUUUCCCUUGCUUUCAAUUCCUGCCUGUCGUUUGCUAGCACACUCGAGGCUACUAUCUCUGAGCUAUCUUAAAAGGAUGUGGAGCAAAGGAGAGUCUGAAGGGCUCCAGACUUUAGGAAUUGUGGUGGUGAUUUGUUCCUCUCUGAAACUUUUGCACUACCUUGGGCUAAUUGACUUGUCAGAUGACAAAAUUGAAGAUGAAUUGGAAAUGACCACAGUAUGUUAUCGGCCUGAAGGACUGGAACAACUUGAGGCACAAACCAAUUUCACAAAGAAGGAACUCCAAGUGCUUUACAGAGGAUUCAAAAAUGAAUGUCCCAGUGGAGCUGUUAAUGAAGAAACAUUCAAACAGAUCUAUGCACAGUUCUUCCCACACGGGGAUGCUAGUAUGUACGCUCACUAUCUCUUUAACGCAUUUGAUACAGCACAGAAUGGAUCCGUGAAGUUUGAGGAUUUUGUGACAGCGUUAUCCAUUCUGUUGAGAGGGACCGUUCAUGAAAAGCUACGAUGGACGUUUAAUCUGUAUGACAUAAACAAGGAUGGCUACAUAAACAAGGAGGAAAUGAUGGAUAUAGUAAAGGCAAUUUAUGACAUGAUGGGCAAAUAUACCUACCCAGUGCUGAAAGAAGAUGCACCAAGGCAGCAUGUAGAAGUAUUUUUCCAGAAGAUGGAUAAAAAUAAAGAUGGUGUCGUAACUUUGGAGGAGUUUAUUGAGUCAUGUCAGGAGGAUGACAAUAUCAUGAGAUCCUUACAGCUUUUUGAAAAUGUCAUGUAACAGCGCCUGAAGAGCAACAUAGGAAUGUGAGACUUUAUAUGUAAUAAGACCCUGAAGAAAAUGAGUCAAGAUUUUUCUCUCCAGCACCCUUUUUGAUGAAAGCUUUUUAC